CCCAAGUCCGCGAUUACCAAUCAGGUCAGUGCCAGCAGAUCGGACACUAGCGAGUCAAAACAAGAGCGAUGGCGGAACAGCCGCGGCGCGGCGCAAACGGGAAACUGUCUGAAUCUGUAUCUUCACCGAGACUAUCUUUUUGCGAGGGCUGCAUGUAUGUACUUGCCGUACAAAGCAAAGUGGUCAAAAGUCCAAGGAUCUACGGAGUGCUUUACAUAACAUGCCGUUUCUCUUUUUCCACUCCUUUCCUUCUAAAACUAGUCCCGGGCUUGAGUCUCCCCUUGCGGCUCGAUCCAUGCCAUCCAUGUCUUUGUGGCUGCCGCUUCUCGACACCGAAAAAACCUCGGUAUCUUCGCCUCUCCCCCAUAAUUAUGCAAAGACGGGACUUAGUGAGCCUGCAGCCGGGCUCUUUUCUAAAAGAAGGACUCGGCCGGCCGGCCGAAAGACACAAGGUGCAUCUGCUCGGAGCUGCACUCGACGGCGAAAGCGAACUCCGCACCGGAGGAAUAUCCCCAUUGCGAAAUGGCGGGCCCUAGUGGCUUUGUGGGGAGCCGCUGGUGACGGGUUUUUCUCAAUGUUCUGUUGCAUCGCUGCGGUUUUGGCUUUGGCUCCCCUUGCUUUUGACGUUCUCGAUAGAGCCAAUGCAGGAGUUUCCAUCCCUGCGGGCCACGUCCUAGUCCACGUCCCGAGGCCAUCGACACGAAGUUUGAAUUGUAAUUGCUAAGCACAACGGACCUGUGUAGUACGACACGACUCCAGGCAAUGCGGGUCUCCGUGGACGGUCGGAUUCUCCAUGUUGCUGUUUCAGACGCUGAAUCCCUAGUUCAAUGGAGCAAACAGCCGCUUUGAGGCCGUCGCCGCCGCCGCUGUCGAUACUUGCUAAAUGCUAGCUGGA